CUAGUCAUAGCUUUGAUCCAUCUCAGUGCAGUAGGAAGUAGUGGGAUGCACUGACUAGGAAUAAAGAGAAUCAAAUCAGCCUCUAAAGCAGUAGUUUAUCACAGUGAUGGUUUAAAGAGCCCAUAAAGCUGUCAGAAGUCUUUGUGUGCAGCUUGUCUUUAUGUUGGAAACGGAUCUAAAUAGACAUGUUGUCUUUUUCUGUCUUUCAAUUAUACCCCACACAGUAGGAUCCCAGCUGAGUUGGGAAUUUUGUUUGCUAUUGCUGGGAGGAAGAGCGUAUUUUAAUGAAACUGGUGGUAUCAACAGCCUGUGAUGUGAAAACUUGGAAAAUCUCACCACUAGCUCCCCUCUCUUCGCUGAUGGGCGCCAGAAUCAGGUUGAUAGUGAAUCAUCUGAGAAAUGGCCACACGCCUCAGAUCGGUUGGUAAGAAAUGUACAGUGAUCGGCGGGUCAGGAUUCUUAGGCCAGCACAUGGUGGAGCAGCUCCUGGAGAAGGGUUACGCAGUCAAUGUGUUUGAUAUUCAGAAGAGAUUUGAAAAUGACAGAGUGCAGUUCUUCCUGGGAGACCUUUGCGACAAAGAGGCUUUGCUCCCAGCUUUACAAGGUGUGUCAGUGGCAUUUCAUUGUGCAUCACCAGCACCUUCAAGUGACAACAGGGAACUGUUUUAUAAGGUGAAUUUUAUGGGAACCAAAGCAGUCAUUGAAGCCUGCAAAGAAGCCGGAGUGCAGAAACUGGUGUUAACUAGCAGUGCCAGUGUAGUUUUUGAGGGCACAGACAUAAAAAAUGGAUCAGAAGACCUCCCUUAUGCAAAAAAACCUAUCGACUAUUACACAGAGACAAAGAUCCUACAGGAGAAGGAAGUGCUCAGUGCAAAUGAUCCAUGCAACAAUUUCUUCACUACUGCUAUUCGUCCCCAUGGAAUAUUUGGUCCUAGAGACCCUCAGCUGGUUCCCAUCCUCAUCCAAGCAGCUAAGAGUGGCAAAAUGAAGUUCAUAAUUGGGGAUGGAAAGAACUUGGUAGAUUUCACCUAUGUGGAAAACGUGGUCCAUGGACACAUCCUAGCUGCAGAAAAUCUUCAGAAAGACUCUCCUCUGUGUGGGAAGGCAUUUCAUAUCACAAAUGAUGAACCAGUUCCUUUCUGGGCUUUCAUGUCCCGUAUCUUGACUGGCUUGAACUACGAUCCUCCCAAGUACCAUAUUCCCUAUUGGCUGGCAUAUUACCUGGCCCUAUUCCUGUCUCUAGUGCUGUGGCUGUUAAGUCCACUGGUCACCAUCAAGCCCACUUUUACCCCUAUGCGGGUAGCGUUAGCUGGAACGUUUCACUACUACAGCUGUGAACGGGCCAAAAGAGACAUGGGCUACAAACCAGUGGUGAGCUUGGAUGAAGCAAUAGACAGGACUCUGCAGAGCUACCCCCACCUACGCCGGGCUAAGGCCUGAGAAGUCCUAGAUGGAUUUUUUUCUACUUGAUUUUCCGAAUUGCUUUGACAUCUUAAUGUGAACACUGAAGCAAAUUUCACUAAUUCUCUGGAACAGGGAGUUUUACCGAAGUCCCUCCUCCUCCUCACCAUUAUAAAGACAGCUUUAUCUGGGUUGAAAAAAAACUCAUGUAGGAGCUGUGCUAACAGUUCUUUUCUUUGAUGUGACUUCUUGUUUUGAAACAGCUGCUGAACCCUAUGGACUAUGAAUAAACACCCUGCCGUGCCCUCUUCAGUCCCAACCCAGCACAUCAGCAUUCCUUCAUCUUCUCUCUCCACCCUUGUCCUCUGUUUUGUUGCUCUGGUGAUAACAGCCACCUCUUCUCAUAGCUGCAGACUGGUUAAUGAAAUACUUCUCUCGAUUGGUUCCUCUCUGUGGUUUGGCUUUUUUCUAUACAAGAGCAAUGAAAGAGAGGCUCAUGCCAAAAAGGAGUUCUGCCACUAUCUCUUAAAUCAUUGAAGCCAAUUUUGUUAUUCCCUCCAUGAUUGGUGGGUGAUUUGACUUCUUACUGAGGCAUCAGAAGGAAACCUGAGAAAAGGCAUGCUAGGCCUCUCUUUGUAAGGAAGCAUGUGCCUUUGUGUCUGCAGAAGCCCAUUUCUAUUCAAAAGCAACCCAAAUAAAUCAAGAAGAGAUGACUUCCUAA